CCUAUUUAUGAUCUCAUGAAUAUUCAUUAGCAGGUUGUUUAUCUCUCUCCUGGAAACCAAAAGAACAAGUGCUCUUUUCAGUAGUUCACGAAAAUCAUGGCAGAGACAAGUCUUAUCGUCACAGGUACAUCAAGUAACGACUAUGAGCUUAAGGGGAGGCCAUGUGAGUUAUCUGCAUUCUCUUACGUGCCCAAAGAAAGGACAGAACCCAUAGAAAGAACUUAUUUCAAUACAGAAAAGAAGGAGAGAUAUACCAAUUCUACAUAUGACAGGUUGUUCCAUCAAAAAGAAGGCUACAAUAACAAAUUAUACCGAUGCGACAGAGAUCACGCUAAGUCUAGGGGACUUACUGUUAGAGAAGAGGAGAAGACAAAAGACGUGCCAGUGUUAAUGUCAAGUGCCUAUGGGCAAAGAUUGGCAUUUGAUCUGGACCCACCCACAAGGGAACAUGUAAGAAUUGGACAUGUACAGUCGGAAUUCUUCCGCAGAAAUGACAUUAACAUCAGAAAGAACAAGCCGUAACCUGGCAACAGAUUUGGAUAUACUGCAUUUUAGUGUUAUGUACUUAUGAUUCAAGGGUGUAAUGUUGUGACUACAGUAUUUAAAUUUGAGUGAUUUGAGCUUGGAAUUAAAAUUAGGCAAAACAUUAAAACUGGACGUCAUAUUAUGUACAAGAUGUUCAACUGUUUGUUGAUAGUUUAUUCCAAAUAUUCAAUGUAUUAGUGCCAAAUAUGGGCAUCAAUGUGGUCAUUUGUGCCUUAUUUGGGCAUAAAUGUGAUCAUUUGAGCCUAAUAUGGCCAUUACGUAGUUCAUACAAAUAUAAUGUAUAUAUAGUGUAAAUAAACGCAAUAUCUUUUUACAGUAAAACA